UGUUUUAUGCAGUUUCUUUUAAAUCCGGUAUCAUUUUACUUCUCCAUCCACGUUAACCCGUUCUGCUCCUUCGGCGACGAUUCUGUUUCGGUCCAUUUCCGGCCGUCGGAAGGAGAAUAUUCCGGCUCCAGUGCCAUCGGAUCGUCUACCUUCGUUACACACACAAUUAUGAAUCCCGAAUAUGACUACUUGUUCAAACUUCUAUUAAUUGGAGAUUCUGGCGUGGGCAAGUCAUGCCUUCUCCUCAGAUUUGCUGAUGAUUCAUACUUGGACAGUUAUAUCAGCACAAUUGGUGUUGACUUUAAAAUACGCACUGUGGAGCAAGAUGGGAAGACAAUUAAACUUCAAAUUUGGGAUACUGCAGGACAAGAACGUUUCAGAACUAUAACUAGUAGCUACUAUCGUGGUGCACAUGGAAUCAUAAUAGUUUACGAUGUAACCGACCAAGAAAGCUUCAAUAACGUGAAGCAAUGGUUGAAUGAAAUUGAUCGUUAUGCUAGUGAAAAUGUAAACAAGCUUCUGGUUGGAAAUAAGUGUGACCUUGCUGAGAAUCGAGCCGUGCCCUAUGAAACAGCUAAGGCUUUUGCAGAUGAAAUUGGCAUUCCUUUCAUGGAGACCAGUGCCAAAAAUGCCACCAAUGUUGAACAGGCAUUCAUGGCAAUGUCUGCUGAUAUUAAGAAUAGAAUGGCAAGUCAGCCUGCAUCGAGCAAUGCAAGGCCAGCCACUGUGCAGAUUCGUGGACAACCUGUUGCCCAGAAGAGUGGCUGCUGCUCUUCGUAGUUGACUGCCAUGGACACGUGAGGAUGAAAUUCUCAUCGAUCCUUCCGACAGGGGAAAGAUUGUUACCACCAACUGAUCAAGUCAUCUGUACUUAUAUAAUUUCAAGUUUGUUGGAUUUAUAAGGAGCCUGUACGGUUUACAUAUUAGUAACAUUUGUUUGUUAUUUUGCUACCGUUUUAUGGUUGUGGCAAGUGGUACGUAGCCGUUUGGCGCAGUGGUCGACCACUGGUGGUGCAAAUGAUAGAAUUAUAUUUAUGUAAGAUGGGAGAUCUGUGUGUGUUGAAAUUUUGUACGAGUGUCAUUUCCCUAUAGUAAUUUUACGUAUGAUGAGGUUUGUUGGUAAUA